AGUCAGAGGGGAGGGAGGGAUGAGCAGAGAGAUGCUGCCAGUGUUUGCUCUGCACAUCAGCAGCAGCCAGAUUGCUCUCCCUCAGCCACAGAACCAACCAGCCAACCAGCCAGUCAUUCAUUCAGUCAUUCAGUCAGCGGGAGAGACCAGAGACGCCUCGUACUGACCGGACUGUCACGCUGGCGGUCUCGCUGUGUGGAUGUAUCUUCUAGUAACGCGUUUUGACACUGGACUGUCCUCUUGUGGCCACAUGCAACGUGACAAACAGCCAGGCUUGUGUUUCUUUAGGCAGCUGGUUUAUCUCGACGGUACGGACUGGAGGGACCUCUCUCUCUCCCUCCCUCUCUCUCUCUCCACUCACACCGUUAGCUCGCUAGGCUAACUAGCCCGCUAACUUAGCCCUGAUACUUUGCACGGUUAUCAGUUUUCUGCCUCGCCGCUAGCCUGCGGUGUCUCUUUUUUUUUUUUGCGCCACAGCGGCAGGACCAAGGCGGCUCAUCACUCCAGGAGCAUGUUUGAGUAAAAAGUGAACGAGGAAGAGGGAUCUCUGAGGCUCCCCCUUUCCACUGGUGGAGCAUCCUGCACAUUUGACCAGAGACCCCUAAAGUCCCUCGGAAAGGAUGCGAAGGUUCGCCUACUGUAAGGUGGUUUUAGCCACCUCUCUGGUCUGGGUGAUGCUGGACAUGUUCAUACUGCUCUACUUCAGCGAGUGCAACAAGUGUGAUGACAAGAAGGAAAGAGGAUUGCCCGGGAGAGACGAUACCUUGUCUAGACCGCGAGACGGGCCCGGUGAAGGUGGAAAACCAGUGGUGAUCCCUAAAGAGAACCAGGAGAAGAUGAAGGAGAUGUUUAAGAUCAACCAGUUCAACCUCAUGGCCUCUGAAAUGAUCUCUCUCAAUCGCUCACUGCCUGACGUCCGUCUGGAAGGGUGCAAGAACAAGUUAUAUCCAGAUAAUCUUCCUCGCACCAGUGUGGUGAUUGUGUUUCACAACGAAGCAUGGAGCACACUUCUACGGACUGUCCACUCCGUCAUUAACCGCUCCCCACGCUCGCUGCUCGAGGAGGUCGUCCUCGUGGACGAUGCUAGCGAGAGAGAUUUCCUUAAGCGGCCGUUGGAGCAGUACGUCAGAAAGCUGGAAGUGCCCGUCAGAGUAGUUAGGAUGGAGCAGCGGUCCGGACUCAUCCGCGCUCGCCUCAAGGGAGCAUCCAUCUCCACCGGCCAGGUAAUAACCUUUCUGGAUGCUCACUGUGAAUGCACAAUGGGGUGGUUGGAGCCUCUGCUCGCCCGCAUCAAACAUGACAAGAGGACGGUGGUGUGCCCCAUCAUCGACGUUAUCAGCGACGAUACGUUUGAAUACAUGGCAGGAUCCGACAUGACGUACGGAGGCUUCAACUGGAAGCUGAACUUCCGCUGGUACCCUGUCCCUCAGAGAGAGAUGGACCGCCGCAAAGGAGACCGCACUCUGCCCGUCAGGACUCCCACUAUGGCAGGAGGCUUGUUCUCCAUAGACAGAGAUUAUUUUCAGGAGAUCGGCACCUAUGACGCAGGCAUGGACAUCUGGGGUGGAGAGAACCUGGAAAUCUCUUUCAGAAUCUGGCAGUGCGGAGGAACUCUAGAGAUUGUAACGUGCUCUCACGUGGGACACGUGUUCAGAAAAGCGACACCGUACACGUUUCCUGGAGGAACGGGACAGAUCAUCAACAAAAACAAUCGCCGCCUGGCAGAAGUCUGGAUGGAUGAUUUCAAAAACUUUUUCUAUAUCAUCUCUCCUGGUGUGACCAAAGUGGACUAUGGUGACAUCACAGCUCGCACUGGUCUGAGGCAGAAGCUGCAGUGUAAACCGUUCAGCUGGUACUUGGAGAACAUCUACCCCGACUCCCAGAUCCCCAGGCAUUAUUACUCCCUGGGAGAGAUCCGUAACGUGGAGACCAACCAGUGCCUGGACAACAUGGCCCGCAAGGAAAAUGAGAAGGUUGGCAUUUUCAACUGCCACGGCAUGGGAGGCAACCAGGUAUUCUCCUACACGGCCAACAAGGAGAUCAGGACAGACGACUUGUGUCUAGAUGUGUCCAAGCUGAACGGACCCGUCAUGAUGCUCAAGUGUCAUCAUCUCAAAGGAAACCAGCUCUGGGAUUACGAUCCCGUGAAGCUGACUCUGAUCCACGUGAACAGUAACCAGUGUCUGGACAAGGCCAGUGAGGAGGACAGCCAGGUGCCCAGCGUCAGAGACUGCACACACUCACGCUCUCAACAGUGGCUGCUGCGCAACGUCACACUUCCAGAGGUCUUCUGACCAUCCUCCACACACUGACAAAUACACACACUCACACACACAGUGACCCGGCGUAAGCGACAAGGAGAACGGACAUGUUUAUUGAACUUGGGCACCAGGAAAGGAGAGACUUCCCAGGAAAAGGAUUUGGGAAAAGAGGAGGAUGGAAGGGAUGGUACUACCUCUGCCAGAGAUCAGAGGGAGGUGUGUGUUCAAACCUCCUCGGAGCAAACAGAGAGGAAAGACUCCCUCUAAGAGACCAUGGUUGUUGUUAAACUUUUUUGUUCUUUUUUUUUUUUAAAGAGAUAUUAACCACAGAGAGUGACUGGCUCCUGUGGGUGAAUAUGGGACUGGCCAGUGGAGCCGUGAAGUUCUACACUCAGAGCUUCCCUGGAUGAAGCAGUCCACCCCUCAGCUCAUCACUUAACGUUUACUGACUGCCUCUGAUCAGAGUGUGUGUGUGUGUCUGCGUGUGUGUGUGUACGCUUACUUGUAGGUGUGUCUGAGAUGAAUGUAUGCUUGGAGAACGGGGGCUGAAUUCCUCGUUGACUUUUUUUGUAUUUAAUUUUAUAAUGGGUUUUUGAAAGUUGACUCAUGUGAAGAAGGUUGCAUGUUCAUGAGCCUGUGUGUGUGCGUGUGUGCGUGUGUGUGUGUGUGUGCGUGCGUGUGUGUGCGUGUGUGCGUGUGUGCGUGUGUGCGUGCGUGCGUGUGCGUGUGUGUGUGUGUGCGUGUGUGUGCGUGUGUGUGCGUGUGUGUGUGUGGCCCCUCCUACAGUCUUGCAGCAGUGUUUGUCUCCCUCUGGUGUUACUUCCUGGCAUCUCAUCUGAACGAUUGAAACUUCCAAAUUGUGACGUCUCUGAGGACAAAAAAAGGAGAAAAACUAAACAGACCCGACACCUGCCAUCAGCAGAGAUCUAGAGAUAGAGAAAUAUGAUGUUUGUGAUAUUUUGAGAUUUCUGUCUAGUUUUUACAUGGUCUGCCUGUCUGUUUUUACUGUUUCAGUAACCUUAGUUUGUCUUUCUCUGUUGUCUUUAAAGAUGUUUAACAUAGAGCCCACACACAUAUACACAUAUAUACAGAGGCCACUUGCAUAUGUUUCUGAUGUUUACUGCCUACUGUAUUUUUCAGUUAUAAGGAACUCUCACAACGUUGCACAUGCCGUAUACAUGUAACACAAAGGCAAUUUUUCAUUUUUUCUGUAUGUCGUCUUCUCAGUGACCUCUUUCAAAGAUUACACUCCAAGGGCUCCUUUCUUCCUGUGGGGUGUGUGGAUGCAUCAAUGCAGGCGUGUUGUGUGUUUCUUCAGUGCACAUCCCAGUUGAUCAGCUCCGUCUUGACCAGGAUAAAUGACAACAAUGAGCUCGUAAUGCUGGCUGGAGGGAGAUCAGGGUAUCUCUGCUUCCUUCUCUGAACAAAAAGAGAAAGAGCCAUUACUUCCCAAACAACUUUGCACUCCCCUUUUGGUAAACCUGCAACAGGAAGGUAGUUGACAUAUGAAAACCACAACACUUGCAUGUUCUAGGAGGGUUAAAAGGAGCAGUAUAAUAACGUGGGAGAGUCAGAGGGCGUGAAAGGGACUGACAUUGGAUUUCACAGAGAUCAGCACCAGAACGUGAUAUAUCUUAAUCCAUAACUACAUAUCUCACUUCUGCUAGAUCACCAUCAUUCAUAUCUUAAACAAAGAGACAACACAACAGUGUGCCAUUUUCAUUUCAACCAUCGUUCUUCCUUUAUUCUUUUUAUUUCAUGUCCCUCCUGCCACUGCAAGUCGGGGCACAGGAGGAUGUUUCAUAAAGGUUUGAAACAUUUCACCUUCCUCCAGUGGAGGAAGAAUUUACACAAGGAACAAAAACGUGGGUUCAUCUUCGUUGUGGACGAGACAGUGAGAGGACACGGUUGACUGGUUUUUCAUGUCUGAGUGAGUGAUUGUGAUGAAGAUGAUCUUGAUUGUGAGACGGCGGGAGUUUGUCUCGUGUUCUGAUGUCGGGGAGCCGCGGGCUUGAAGGUAACCGACAUGUCCAGGCUUCCACACUGAGCUGAUCCAAAUGUAGAAAAUAAAAGUGAAAAGGUUUACAGAA